GAGCUCCAGGGGCAGCCACAGGGCGUGGCCGGGGGGGUGCCGAGCGAGGGACGCGCCGCCAGGGGAAGGUCGGGGAGCCGGGUCCGGAACGAGGGACUGGAGGGGGCUGGGUGGCUCGGGGACCCGGAGGCGCCCGCCACCCGGACGUCCCGCCUCGCGGCUUAGGUUUCGUUUUCCUGCGACGGCGGUUUCGGUUUCCCGGCGCCCUGGGCCGACCUCCACCUAGCCAUUUCCGUCGUGUCUUCGCAGGGUCCAGCCUGCGACCAGCCAGCAGGCCUGGACGCUGGCUCAACACCUGUGACCGCACGUGUGCGCGCCCGCCGCAUCUGUUGUCACACCCAUCGCCACCUUUGCCCCAAAAUCCAUACCUGGGCAACGUUGUGGCCUAUAAGCCCUCAACCCACACCUGUGACCCCAUCACCUGUAACAACUGGGCCACGCUAGUGUGACGACACCUAAUUGCCACCCGUGACCACAAUCCCUCGCAGCUGAGGGCACUCCCAGCCUCUCCACGUCCAGUCCUUGCAGGAGCGAUGGCCGUGCCUCCCGACAGGGGGUCCCCGCGCGUGCUGUUCGGAGACUGGCUUCUGGGCGAGGUCAGCAGCGGCCGCUAUGAGGGGCUGCGGUGGCUGGAUGCGGCCCGCACGCACUUCCGCGUCCCCUGGAAGCACUUCUCGCGGAAGGACCUGGGCGAAGCCGAUUCUCGCAUCUUUAAGGCCUGGGCCGUGGCCCGUGGCAGGUGGCCGCCGAGCGGAGGUGACCCGCCGACCUCCGAGAACGCCCUCCGCGCCGGCUGGAAAACCAACUUCCGCUGCGCACUGCGCAGCACGCGGCGGUUUGUGAUGCUGCAAGACAACUCUGGGGACCCCACCGACCCGCAUAAGGUGUACGCGCUCAGCCCCGAGGUGGGAUGGGCAGAAGGUCCAGGCGUUAACCAGGGGGAGGAUGAGGCCCGUGAAGAUGCCCCACCAACCACGGGCGGGCUCCUCAGGCCGGGCCUGGCAGGAGAUGCUGGUGAGAGGCCGGGGCAUGGGCUGGCCAGGCUGAGUCCUGAGCCCUGUGCCCUAAGCCCUCUUUCCAGCCCAGCUGGCGAUGCUGAGGACCUCUUGCUCCAGGCUCUGCAGCAGAGCAGCCUGGAAGACCAUCUGCUGGAAGCUACAUGGGGGAUGGAUCCGAUCCCCCCAGAAGCUCCUGGUCCAGAGCUCCCUGCCGGGCAGCCACACCUGCCAUGGGCAGUGGAGGCGGCCCCCAGCCCCAGGCCCCAGCCCCAAGCCCAGAUGACAGAACCCAGCCUGGGGGCCCUGGAUGUCACCAUCAUGUACAAGGGCCGAACGGUGCUGCAGGAGGUGGUGGGACGCCCGAGCUGUGUGUUCCUGUACGGGCCCCCCAGCCUAUCCGUGGAGGCCACAGAGCCCCAGCAAGUGGCCUUCCCCAGCCCUGCCGAGCUCCCCGACCAGAAGCAGCUUCACUACACAGAGAAGCUGCUGCAACACGUGGCCCCUGGCCUGCAGCUGGAGCUCCGGGGGCCUGGACUAUGGGCCCGGCGUCUGGGCAAGUGCAAGGUCUUCUGGGAGGUGGGUGGCCCCCUGGGCUCUGCCAGUCCCUCCACCCCGGCCCGCCUGCUGCCCAGGAACUGCGACACUCCCAUCUUUGACUUCGGCACCUUCUUUCGAGAGCUGGUGGAGUUCCGGGCUCGCCGGCGCCAGCGCUCCCCACACUACACCAUCUACCUGGCUUUUGGGCAGGACCUGUCAGCCAGGAGGCCCAAGGAGAAGAGCCUGGUCCUGGUGAAGCUGGAGCCGUGGCUGUGCCGGGCGCACCUGGAGGGCGUGCAGCGUGAAGGCGUGUCCUCGCUGGACAGCAGCAGCCUGGGCCUCUGCCUGUCCAGCUCCAACAGCCUCUACAACGACCUUGAGCACUUUCUCGACCACUUCCUCAUGGAGGUGGAGCAGCCUGCCUAGGGCCGGGGCUGGACCCCACCCUGAUCCAAUAAAGAGAACCCCAGACCC